AGAAGUUGGAUCAGAUUACAGUGAAGACAGCUGCUCGACAGUUCCUGAAAUGGUUGAAGAAAUGGGAUCACUUCGCUCUUCUGGAUUUGGUGACCCUGGAUGGGAGCAUGGUGUUGCCCAAGAUGAGAGGAAGAAGAAGGUAAGAUGCAAUUAUUGUGGGAAAGUAGUUAGUGGUGGGAUAUACAGAUUGAAGCAACAUCUAGCUCGGCUUUCUGGAGAAGUAACCUAUUGUGAUAAGGCUCCAGAGGAGGUAUGCAUGAAAAUGAGAGAAAAUCUAGAAGGAUGUCGCUUUAGUAAAAAAACAAGGCAAAUCGAAUAUGAUGAACAAGCCUAUUUGAAUUUCCAUGCCAAUGAUGAAUUGGAGGAGGAAGAGAGUGUUGGCUAUAAAAACAAAGGGAAGCAAUUGGUGGGUGACAAAGGUUUGGUUAUAAAUUUAGCCCCUCUUCGGUCACUGGGAUACGUUGACCCUGGGUGGGAACAUGGUGUUCCUCAGGAUGAGAGGAAGAAAAAGGUGAAAUGCAAUUAUUGUGAGAAAAUAGUUAGUGGUGGUAUCAAUCGAUUUAAACAGCAUUUAGCUAGAAUACCAGGAGAAGUUGCACCUUGUAAAAAUGCUCCAGAGGAAGUGUAUCUCAAAAUAAAAGAAAAUAUGAAAUGGCACCGAACAGGAAGGAGGCAUAGACGACCUGAUACUAAGGAGAUAUCAGCUUUUUAUAUGCACUCAGAUAAUGAAGAUGAGGAGGAAGAGGAAGAAGAAGAUGUUGUACAUCAUAUGAAUAAUGAAAAACUGUUAAUCGGAGAUAAAAGAUUUGGCCGAGACUCAAGAAGAAGUUUCAAAGGAAUUUCUCCUGGUAGUGGUUCUGAACCAUCAUCCAAAAGACCAAGAUUGGAUGUUGUUCUAAAGACACCAAAGAGUCAGAUGCAAACAUCUUGCCAACAAGUAAAAGCAGGUUCUAGCAAAAAGUCUCGCAAGGAAGUUAUUUCUGCAAUUUGCAAGUUCUUCUAUCAUGCAGGAGUUCCUUCACAUGCGGCAAACUCCCCAUAUUUCCAUAAGAUGCUGGAGUUGGUAGGUCAAUAUGGACAAGAUUUGGUGGGUCCUUCUAGCCGAGUGUUAUCUGGUCGGUUUCUACAGGAAGAAAUUGCAACUAUCAAAAGCUACCUUAAUGAGUAUAGGGCCUCCUGGGCAGUCACAGGUUGCUCCAUUUUGGCAGAUAGCUGGAGAGAUACACAGGAUAGGACAUUGAUCAAUAUAUUGGUGUCUUGCCCCCGGGGUAUGUACUUUGUUUGUUCUGUUGAUGCCAGUGAUGUUAUUGAAGAUGCGUCAUACUUAUUCAAGUUGCUUGACAAGGUGGUGGAAGAGAUGGGUGAGGAAAAUGUUGUCCAGGUAAUCACUGAGAACACGCCCAGCUAUGAAGCUGCUGGAAAGAUGCUUGAAGAGAAAAGAAGGAAUUUGUUUUGGACUCCGUGUGCUGCCUUUUGCAUUGACCGGAUGCUCGAAGAUUUUGUGAAAAUAAAAUGGGUGAAAGAGUGCAUAGAGAAAGGCCAAAAAAUCACAAAGUUCAUUUACAACCAAAUCUGGUUGUUAAAUGUUAUGAAAAAAGAAUUUACUGGGGGGCAGGAACUUCUGAGGCCAUCUGUUACACGGAAUGCUUCAAGUUUUGCCACUUUGCAGAAUUUGCUGGACCAGAGGAUUGCCCUUAAGCGUUUGUUCCAAUCCAAUAAAUGGCUUUCAUCUAGGUUUUCAAAAUUGGACGAGGGUAAAGAGGUGGAGAAAAUUGUACUGAAUGCCACAUUUUGGAAGAAAAUGCAGUAUGUUAGGAAAUCAGUAGACCCUAUAGUGGUAGCGCUUCAAAAAAUUAAUAGUGAUGAAAACCUUUCGAUGCCAUUCAUUUAUAACGAUAUGUACAGGGGAAAGCUUGCAAUCAAAACCAAUCAUGGUGAUGAUGCACGUAAAUAUGGAGAAUUUUGGAGUGUGAUAGACAAUUGUUGGAAUCCAUUGUUCCACCACCCUCUAUAUCUGGCUGCUUACUUCCUGAAUCCAGCAUACCGCUAUCGUCCUGAUUUUGUUCCGGUGAGAAAAAAUGGUGCUUGUUUUAUGUUAAAUGGGUCCUACUUCAGUUUGGGUUUUAUUUCACAUUUGCUGUAUUGUAGCAUCCCGAGGUUGUACGUGGACUAAAUGCAUGCAUUGUUCGACUGGAGCCAGACAGUGGAAGAAGGAUUUCUGCAUCCUUGCAAAUUUCUGAUUUUGGUUCUGCUAAAGCUGAUUUUGGAACUGACUUGGCUAUAAGUACCAGGACAGUGCUUAAUCCAGGUUGUAUUAUCAAGAUGCUUAACAACAACCCAUCAUUUUUGGAAUUGCAUGGAAAUGGUUGGAUGCAUAUGUAUACAUUGAGAUUCAAGACAUUUGUUGCCUUUAUCAAUUUCAAAUUUCAACUGACAAGUGCUUUUCCUUUUUAGCUGCAUGGUGGCAACAACAUGGCAUAAAUUGCUUAGAGCUUCAACGCAUAGCUGUACGCAUUUUGAGUCAAACAUGCUCCUCUUUUGGCUGUGAGCAUAAUUGGAGUAUAUAUGAUCAGAUCCAUGGCCAAAGGCGCAACCGUUUAGCACAGAAAAGAUUGAAUGACUUUAUUUAUGUCCACUACAACUUGCGACUUAGGGAACGCCAAAUAAGAAGAAGGCCCAAUGAUGCAAUCUCCCUUGAUAGCGUUCUGCAAGAAAGUUUACUACAUGACUGGAUUGUAGAGACAGAGAAACAAGCCUUGCAAGAAGAUGAGGAAUUCCUUUAUAAUGAUGUGGAACUCGCUGAUGCGUAUGAGAAUGAUUUGAUGGACUAUGAGGAUGGAAAUGCAGAGGCUCGGAAGGGAUCCUUGGAGAUGGUGACUCUGGCUGAUGUAGUAGAACCCUUGGAUGUUAAUCCUGCCAAUGCUGGUGCUGCCACUGAUGAUGAUGCUGAUCUUAAUUUCCUCGAUGAUGAUUUGAGUGAUUAGUUGAGUGACAUUGCUCGAAUGACACAGAUGUUGUAUCCCUAUAACGCAUUCGUGGUAUGUAUAGGGCGGAGUGGGUUGAAUUUUCUAGGAAGUAGUUCUAACAAUGUAAUUUAUUGUCAAAUAAACUAUUUUUUUGAGGUAAUGAAUGAAGCUGCUGUUAC